GCAAGUAAUUUCUUUAUAUGCUGUGUAUUUUUUAUAAAAAAAAAAUGCACAUGUUUAUGUACACUUUUUUCAUACUGUCUGUGAUAAAUGUAAAAACAUUAGGUAAUUCUAGAGAAAGAUGCGGGGUUCCGGUAAUGAGGGGUCCGUGUCAGAAUUGGAUACACAAAUGGUAUUUCGAUUCAAUUUUGCACGAGUGCAAAACUUAUGUGAGUGGUAUCUGUAAAAGUGAAAAUAUGUUUGAUUCUGAGGCAGAAUGUUUGUAUUAUUGUGUUGGUGGUAAAAAUUAUAAUAAUACCAGCAUUGUCUCAGGAUCUUUCAAUCAGAAGUAUUCAUUUGGUACAUCUACGCAAGCACCGAUAGCACCUAAUGAUCGAGGAGCUGAAUUAACAUUUGCAGAAAGCGGUUAUCAUACUGUGUUUAUGAUGGCUAAAAACAAUGCUUUUAUACAACUCGAUGGAAAUCGCAUACCUACUUUUCAACUUAGACUUUGUCGUGAAAUAUCUUUUCAAUUUCGUACCCGUUUACCACAUGGACUGCUCGUGUAUCACAGUGUUAAAGAUAGACCAGCUGGUCUUCCGCCAUAUGCUUUAUAUGUAAUCGUUGAAAAAGGUCAGCUCAAAGUAGUUCAUGUUUAUGGUAAACAUUCAACAUCAGUAAUAGUUGGAGAAGGAUUAAAUCAUGAUAUAUGGCAUACCGUCACUGUGCGAAUAGAUGUCCAUGGUGCUCGGCUUAUUGCAAAAGUAGAUAACAUAAGUGCAGAAAAAAUAAUACAAGGACUAGAUAUGUCUAGCAAUUAUGGCAUAUCUACAGAUUUGACUUCAGUAGUUUUAAUUGGUGGGUUGAGUCCAGAAGAAAAGCUUCACGGCGUUAAGUAUAUUAUUGAAUCAUUUGUUGGGUGCAUAAAAGAAAUGGUGUUGAGCGCUGGUAAAGCAGCAUCCGAUUUAUUACCAAUUAAACCACUAAUUGCAACUAAACACGAUAAUGUCGAGGAAGGAUGCAUUGAUACAUGUAAAACUGAAGAUAACAUUUGUUUUAAAGGAAGUUUAUGCAUAAACCAUUAUAAUCAACUAUCAUGUGAUUGUUUCGGAACACUAUACGAAGGCGAAUAUUGUGAUAUAUAUGUAUCUACUGUGUUAACACUUCGAGGCUCAUCUUAUGUAUCGUAUCGGGUGUAUGACUGGAAAGACAGAGUUCAUUCAAGUAUGAACCGCAUCAGUUUCAUGUUUAAGACUAGAUUUGAUGAUUCUGCGUUGUUUUACGCCAGUGGCGAAUCCCAUAAGCAUCAUCAUAUCGCUGUAUCGAUUUACAAUGGUUCAGUUGUGGUUGAAAUUGAACUUGGUGACGGUGAUCCAAUACUCGCUACUUUGGGUAACAAUACGAAUUCUAAUCAUUGGAACAAUUUGACAAUUUUACAUAAAGAUAAUAUUGUUGAUAUAAUUUUCAACGAAGAGAGAAUAAGUUAUGUUUUAGCUGGAGCUAGAAAUUAUUUAUACAUAGAUCCGGAAAUAUACUUCGGUGGCGGUCCAGCACUUUCUAACAAACCUGGAUUGAAAUCGCAUAAUAAUUUUGUGGGAUCAUUGAAGUUCGUUUUUUUCAAUGACAUAUCAAUACUGUAUGAGUUAAAAAGAGGAAAUCCAAAAGUACAUUACAUUGGAAUUUUAUCGCCUGAAUUAACUGAAACUGAAGUGGACAUGAUCCCCAUAACAUUGCCAUUUCCAUCUUCGCAUAUUAUAUGGCCAGUAGCAUCCGAAAACCAUAUAAGCCUUAUGUUUGAUUUUAAAAGUCAUAAGCACAUGGCAAUUUUAGUAUCGUCUUCUGUAACAACAUCUGCUCAGAAUUCUUCAGGAUUUUGGGAGUUGCGAAUGGUUAAUAAUGAGAUAAGAUUUGAGCUUACUCCGUCGUCUAGUAAAAACGUUACUCAGUUGACGACUGUGAAAUAUGAUUUAAACAUUGAAGGAUCAUGGCAUAAAAUAACUUUAAAUUAUACAAAAGGGUUGCUUACGUUAAAUGUGGAUGACAAUAAUAAGACUACAUUUCUUAACGGUAUACAACAUUUUUUGGCAGACCGAACUAUAACAAUAGGGAGUGGUAUAGGCGGAAAAGGAAGUUUUGGUCUUGUGGGUUGUAUUAGAGAAAUUUGGUUGGAUAGUAAUUUUCUGGAAGCCAGACAUAUGGUAAGAACUAACCGAACUACUGGUCAAGUGUCUAUUGACAACUGUCAAUUGGUAGAUCCUUGUAAAAGACCAAAUGCAUGUGAACACGAUGGUAAAUGUUCAGUUGUCGAUGACGAUGUCAUCUGUGAUUGUAAAGGCACUGGGUACAUAGGAAAAAACUGUCAUUUUGCGCAGUUUCGUAAAACAUGUGAAGAGCUCGCACUCUUGGGCUACACUAAACCUGACGUUUAUCUUAUUGAUAUUGACGGGAAUGGUAAAUUUCCUCCAGCUCACGUCAAAUGCGAAUUUGGGGUCCAAGGAGACUCUAAAACUAUUGUUGAACAUAAUCUACCGAGUCAAAUUGACGUGAGGAGUGCUGCGGAAUCAGAUUUUAGCUUUACUAUAACGUACAGAGAUUUUCCGCCGGAAAUGUUAAAAGAACUAAUAUCGCAUUCUUUACACUGCAGUCAGUACAUUAAAUAUGAUUGUUAUAAAGCGCCACUAGACCUACAUUCGGCCACAUGGUUUACGUCAGCGGCCCAGGAAGAACUUAUCAAUUUUAUUGGCUACGCUAAACGCGGAUCUUGUCCGUGUUCUGUUAAUAAAACGUGUUUAAAUCGCACUCGUACGUGUAACUGUGAUUUUCCCGACGCAAAGUGGCAUUCUGAUGAAGGCCAUUAUCAGACAUCUAAGUAUGGAGGGUUAGGUAUUACGAAAAUGGUAUUUUUACAACAAGAAAAUUUGCAAUCAGAUGCCCUAGGCCGCAUAACUUUGGGACCACUUGAAUGUGUCGAAACAAAUACACAAAAAUACGUUGUUACAUUUACAACUAGCCAGUCCUACAUCGAAGUUCCUGGAUGGCGAAAAGGUGAUAUAGCAUUUAGUUUUCGAACUACUGGUGAAAAAGCUAUUUUGCUUUAUCAACCUCCAAUUCGAAGACAGCAUCCUUCAUUUAUGGUCGCCCUUACAAGUGAUUUCAAGCUAACUUUCAAUUUCACCUUAAACUCUGGUAAAUCAAGAGAAAUGGAGGUUAAAUCAAGACGACGAUUAAACAAUGGCGAGUGGCAAAAAAUAUGGAUUGAUUAUAAUUCGCACCAUGUUCGUUUUAUGAUUAAUACAGACUACGAAAUGAUAGAUUUGUUACCAAAUGAGAAAUUUGGUCCGUUUGAGGGUAGUAUGUAUAUUGGUGGUGCCACAGAAGAUCUACUCCAAGUGACUUCGGUGAGUCAAGGUUUAAUAGGAUGCUUUCGUGGAUUAGUAGUUAAUGGUGAAAUUCUCGACAUUUAUUCCUAUAUGAGUGUACAUUUAUCUGAAAUAAUAAAAGAAUGUAAACCAUCAUGCGCGCCAAAUCCAUGUAAAAACGGUGCGAAGUGUAAAGAACUUUGGAGUACAUUUCAAUGCGUUUGUGAAAACCCUUGGGCUUACAGCGGAAUUUAUUGCGAAAACAAUAUCAAUACACAAGGAUUGACAUUUAUUACUAGAGAAUCAUAUUUCAAGAGAAAUUAUUUUAGUAACAACAUAACUGAAUUAAGUCAAGAGUCAUACUAUAAACUCUUGACUGAGAAUAUAUUAAUGAAUUUAAGAACAUACGAUAACAACGUGUUGAUACUUCACGCCAAUGAUCAUCUUAACAACUUUGUUCAGCUUUUUAUUAUGAAUGGAAACUCAAUGGUUUUUGUGUUUAAUCAUCUUCAUAAAAUAUACAACAUCACAGUGAAAUACCCAGAAUUAAAUCUUGGAAAAUCGAUUCAGUUAGCUCUAGUGAGAAAGAAAAAUUCAACCACAUUACACGUAAAUGGAGCUAAUAAUUCAGUGCCAGUGGGUUCCAGCUUAUUAGCAAAUUACACGAGCAAACCUUGGAUAAACCCAGAAUUAGAGAUUUUGUCACCGCAAAGGCCACCAGCACCUCCUACCGAAUACUUUCAAGUAAAUAUUGGAGGUUUUGAUCCUGAAAAUUUGAUCAGCAGUAAAAAAGAGUCUGUGCGACUUUCUGGGUAUGUAGGUUGUGUAAGAGGAUUAAAAAUAGACGAUUUUGUGGUCAGCUUCAGCAGCCUUGGCUUAGCCAAUUCUUCUUUAAAUACUUCAAAAGAAAAAGAUCUUAGAGGUAUUAUUGCUGGUUGUAAUAUGAAAUGUGAUGAACAACAGCCAUGUAAAAACAAAGGAAUUUGUAUUGAAAAUUUUGAAAAGGGUGGAAGUUCGUGUGAUUGUGAACACACUUCAUAUUAUGGAGAUUUUUGCGGUUUAGAUAAAGGAGCUGAUUUUAGUGGAUUAUCAGUAUUAAGAAGGAAAUUUCUUCUCGAAGGACCUGUCACGCAAGUGAAAUUAAAUUUAGCUUUCUCUAGUAGUGAUAAACGACAACGAAGUACGGUAUUGCUACUUAUUCAAACAGAGAACAAGAGAAGUUACUAUCUUAUUGUGGCACUAAAUGAAAAGGGUGAAAUGAUUUUUGAAGAAGACCGAGAAGGAACAGGUGGAGCAUUUGGCGCGCGUAUUAAGGAUAGAAAUUUUUUGAAUGGUGCGAGGCACUCGGUAUAUUAUAAGCGAACCGAAGCUAGUUCAGUACUAAUGGUUGAUAGAGAUCCAAUUGAACUAAAAAAAAUCCCAGUUUUAAGUUUAACCGAUACAUUAACAGAUAUUACAGCCGGAGACAACGAAGUUCAAAUCGGUGGACUUAAUACAACUGACCCUAGAUUUGCUUCUUACACCAGUUACAGCGGUUGCAUUUCAAACGUGUUUCUGGAAGUUAACUACAACGAAAUGAAACCUUUAGAUGAGUACAUGUUGUUUACAAAAACUGGUAGUGAAAAAGUCAAUGUUACUAAUUCUCAAGGCGUUCGUAGUGCUCAAUGUGCUUCUUUUGAUGACAUUCAUAAACCCAGACCGGGACCUUCGCUCAACAUAAGUUAUGGAGUGGAACAAACAUGGGUACUCGAUCCUCCUGCUCGAAUGCCCUAUGAUUCAAAAUACGCAAAAGUAUUAACUCAACGAGAUAACACGUUCAAUGUUGUCACUUUGAUAAUGGCAUGUAUUCUUUUAUUUGUCACUUUGUCAGUAUCAUAUCAUGCGUAUCGUACACACGUGCAAUGGAAAAAACGUAGGGAUGAAGAGAUUAACGCUGAAAUAGUGCGAAAUAAAAGACAAUCGAUUCAAAUGCAAGAUGGCUAUAAACUUGUUAAAGAUGAUAAACUUAAUGGAAUAAGUUUAGAAAUGAAAUCAAUGAAUAAGCAACCUUUAACUAUUGUAAGGUUUUAUGCUUCACCUGAAGACAACGAUGGAAGUCUUAAAUCAAAAGAAUUACGAAUCGAACCAAGAAUCAAACAUUCUACCAUACGAGGGUAUUUAAAUAAAGUCGAAAAUACAUGGGAACCCAUAGAAGAGUCAUCAGAAAUCUUAGAAGAAAUUCCGGAAGAUCAACAUAUAGAUGGCCCUAUUGAUGAUUGUAAUAAAACAAUAAAUUCAUAUUAGUUCAAAUUAAAUUCAAUGAAUGUUUUGCUGUCA